AUGGACCACGGCCUCUCAACAGGUACCCAGCAGACCCAUGACGGGCUGCGGGAGCGGGUAUCACGUCCCGAUUCAACAGGGCGCGAUGCUCUCGUGUCCUCUGGCGAAGUGGAGUUCACUGACAAGUUCGGCCAAGAGCUGAAGACCUUUGGCAGAACCCCCGAUGGGACAGUGUUCACCGUGCCGCAGACCCACGACAUGGUCUCCCAGCUGCUCUCGCCUUCCGAGCCAAAGAACCUGUCCGAUCUCGCGGUGCUGGCCUUGUUGACAGGCCAUAUCUUGCUGGUCUGGCUGCUCCCCACGGGUCUCAAGAUCCCCGCCACAGCCGUCAUGUAUCUCUUCUGGCGCGCGGCCUACAACGCAGGGAUUGGAUGGUUGCUACACAACCAGUCGCACCACAAGACGCUGAUCCGAUGGGCCAAGAAGACCAAGAUCUUUGUCAACCCAGCCACCGGCGAUAAUCCACACCCGAGUCUGUACCGUUUGAUCAAGCGGGAACUGGAGACCAAGAUCCCGCACGAUUACUCGUUCGAAAAAGCACCAAUUGAAUACAAUACCUGGCUUGUCUUUCGGCGUCUGGUCGAUGUGAUCUUGAUGUGUGACUUCACGACCUACUGCUUGUUUGCCAUUGCCUGCGGCCACCAGCCCGAGGACGAGAGCAGCAUCAUGACCAUCCUGCGGUGGACUGCGGGCAUCGUGCUAGUGCUGUUCAAUCUCUGGGUCAAACUAGAUGCCCAUCGCGUAGUCAAGGACUAUGCCUGGUACUGGGGAGAUUUCUUCUACCUCAUCGACCAGGAGCUGACCUUCGACGGUGUCUUCGAGAUGGCCCCUCACCCCAUGUACUCGGUCGGCUACGCGGGAUAUUACGGUAUCUCGCUGAUGGCGGCGAGCUACAAAGUGCUAUUCAUCUCGAUUCUUGCCCAUGCAGCCCAAUUUGCCUUCCUGGUUCUAGUCGAGAAUCCCCACAUCGAGAAGACCUACAAUCCGCCUCCGCCCCGAAAGCGACCAACCGACUCCACCUCGGAUCUCAACAUCGGGCCAGACACGCCGACUGCACCAUCGGUGUCUGAUGACCUGUCGCCCAAUGCGUCUUCAUCGUAUUCGGCUAAGCCGCCGCCAUCGGUCCACAAUCUUCUCGGGUUGCACAACCUGGAUCUGUAUAGGACCACGGAUUCAUCGAUUAUGCUCAUCCAGUUGCUCGUAUUUGCAGUCACCGCAUUGACGCCCUCCACUCCGUGGUACCAACUGCUUUUCGUGGUUAAUGCUAUGGCAUGGAGAGUGUGGUACUCUGUAGGCAUUGGGUAUUUACUCACCAACCAGUCUAAUACCAAGGCAUGGACGAGACAUUUUGUCAAGUACGGCGAGACUCCGGUGGAAGCCUGGAACCAGUGGAAGGGUACUUACCAUCUCAGCAUGAUCAUGUGCUACGCCAGCUUCAUCGCUGCUGUCUGGAAGAUGUAUACCGUCCCUGCCGACUGGGGCUAUGGACUGGUGCUGUUCCGGCAUGUCCUGGGAGCAGGAUUAAUCUGCCUGCAGAUUUGGACUUCGGUCAGCAUCUACGACACUCUGGGCGAAUUCGGCUGGUUUUAUGGUGAUUUCUUCUUCGAUGAAUCGCUGAAGCUGAGCUAUGAUGGCAUCUAUCGCUUCUUGAACAACCCAGAACGCGUCUUGGGUCUGGCUGGUGUCUGGGGCGCGGUGCUGAUUACAAGCAGUGGAGCCAUUACCUUCCUGGCUCUCCUCAGUCACAUCCUGAGCCUGGCCUUUAUUCAGUUUGUGGAACGUCCUCACAUGCAGAAGCUGUAUGGUCGUAGCCUGCGCCAGGAUGGCGGCGUCGUCAAGAAUCUGAAGAAGUCUCUGCCGCCUUCUCUCCAGCAACUGCACGGCAGUGUCGACAAGAUGUUCGAUGAGUCCUUCGAGUUCAUCGAGGAGAUUCUCGACAAUGCCCGCCCGAAGCUAGCUGCCGGUGUUAACACCUUCGUCAAGGAUACCACGGCGCUCUUCCAGAAAUACCCUGCGCGCGUCACUAUCUCCCGGAUCGACCCCGAUCUGGCGGGCUUUGAUCUCCGUGAUUACUCGCUAUCUGUGGAAGGCACCGAUGCCGUAAAUGUCGGUGACACCGAUCAGGGCAAGGGCCGUGAGGGAGCCAACGCACGCAUGCCCCUGGACCGACGAGGCGACCUGAAGAACCUCUCUUUCGAAUACGGCGCUCCCAUCAAGGUCAAAUGGGCCGCCCCGCUCAACCACAGCAAGAAAGACUGGAUCGGCCUUUAUCGUGUCACCGAUAACACGUCGCGUGAAGUCUCCCGAGUCUCGUCACAGGGCCGCUGGGUCGCCACCAACGAGGGCGUCUAUGACAAUCUGACCUGCGAGAAAGGCAUCGUCACCAGCGACGUGGUAAUUCCGUCGUCUGACCGUAAGGACAACGACAGCCGUGACUUUGCGUCGGGCGAGAUCGUGUUCUCGGGCGACAAGCUCUUCUGGACACAGGGCGUAUUCGAGUUCCGGUAUCACCACAACGGCAUGCAUAAUGUCAUGGCAAUCUCAAGACCGUUUGAGAUCCGCAUUUGCCGCUUUGACGAGGAUGACACCGUCGCCGAUGCCAAUGGCAUUGUCGAGACGGCCGUCGAGAACGCUUUGCUUCCUGUCGUCCGCAACUGCUUCGACCGUGAUCCUGAGGUCGCUCCGGAGACCGUGGACGAACAGUUUGGCGGACUCGUCGAGCGGGAAGGCAAGUUUGCCAAACGGGUCGUCUUUGCCGUUCAUCAGAUGUGA